GUAAAAGAAUUGAUUUAUCCUAGUUUGCCUACUUCCCUAAUAAAACAAUACUAUCAUUUUUCCUCCUUCUUUGGUCAUAAGAAUUUAAUUUCUACAUUGGUCUAUAAUUUGCUUACCUGGAGGUCAAGUACAGUAUUGCUUGACUAAAGAAACAUAUCAUUCAAGAGCCUUUUUUUUUUAGUCAUACCUCAAAAUCUUCAUCUUAAAACUCCCCAGAUACCGGCUUUGGUUUUGCUACAAAAUUAUGCUGUAAAAUCUUUCCAAAAUCUCCAGGGUUGAUUGUCACUUGUUAAGAUAAACCUCGUUAGAAGAAACCUUAUAUCUAGUUUCUUAAAAAAAUCCACAUAAACCUCUAUAUAAGAGUCACCAAAUUUUCUUUUGAUCUCUUUUAAUUCAUACAUAAAUGAUCAUGAAGUAUCAAAACCAGAUCACCAAAUUAAUAGCACCUAUGAAGCUCUUAUACACUAACUCAAAUCUCCUCAAAUUAUGUUGCUAUAUUUUCAUAUUAUUAGCCACUUUCCUCACUUUUCAACUUACAAUAGUAAGCUUUUCACAUAAAUUUUCCUUGCAUAAUAAUAUGCAUAUUACUCUACAAACCCCACAAAAACUCAAUGUUCUCACCAUCGCUUCACCAUCAAUCACCUCAAAACACAAAGGUUAUGCAGUUGAAUCAUAUGCGAAUCGCGGUAUAAUGAGCGAUGAAGAGUUGAUGUUGAGAGCAUCAAAGGUGCCUAAAAUGGAGGAACUUCCAUUAAAAAAAGUGCCUUACAAGAUUGCUUUUUUGUUCUUGAUCAAAGGGUCACUUCCUUUGCAAGCUCUUUGGGAAGAGUUUUUCAAAGGACAUGAAGGAUUUUACUCAAUAUAUGUUCAUUCUGACCCUUCUUUCAAUUUUUCAAAUGGCGUAGCCACUGGGGUAUUUCAUGGCCGCAAAAUUCCUAGUAAGAAAGUAGAAUGGGGAAAGUUCAGCAUGAUUGAGGCAGAAUUGCGCUUACUAGCAACGGCUCUUCAAGAUGCUUCCAACAAACGAUUUGUUCUCCUCUCAGAAAGUUGCAUUCCUCUCUUCAACUUUUCUACCAUUUACACUUAUCUCAUCAACUCCACCCAAAGUUACGUCGAAGCCUAUGACAAAAGUGGCCCGGUAGCCAGGGGACGGUACAAGCACCGCCUAAGCCCCAUUAUCACAAUUCGAGAUUGGCGAAAAGGGUCUCAAUGGUUUGAGAUGGACAGGGAGUUGGCCAUGGAAGUCAUAUCUGAUCAACUUCAGUUUUUGUCGUUCAAGACAGCAUGUAAUAAUUCUGCAUGUUAUGCUGAUGAGCAUUAUUUGCCUACAUGGAUGAACAUGUAUUCCCGAGGGCGAAACUCGAAUCGGAGCGUAACUUGGGUAGAUUGGUCUAGGGGUGGGUGUCACCCUGCUAAGUAUAGAAGAAUGCAUAUAACGACUAAAUUUUUGGAGAGCUUAAGGGUUGGUAAGACAUGUCAAUAUAAUGGGAAAAGGGCCGACAUUUGCUUCUUGUUCGCAAGAAAGUUCUUGCCUGAAACGCUUAAUAGGCUAUUAUGGUUUGCACCAAAAGUUAUGGACUUCUAAAAGCUGAGAUCAAUUAUAGAUAGUUCGGAGGCAGUAUAUACAUGUAUAUGAUUUGUGAUUAUAUAUAUCUCUAGAUUACAAUACAAAAA